GUGUAUUGUGUAGUGGUUAUGGUUAGUCCGCGAGGAGUCUGUAACCGUUGCGGUCGUCUUGCAAACUUAACUGUGUUCUUGCGCCGAAACGCAGUACGAACCGACCGAGUAGCGCGGUGAUGGGACAAGCCCGAUCAUAGUCAACAAAACCGAAAAUGCAUAUUCUGGAAAUCGGAGCCGAUCAAGAAGAAGAUGGUGGGAGUACGCGAGUUGUGGACGCAGCCUUCCGGACUGUACCACGAGACCACACAACAUUUCUCGUGUGGAAAGUUACGGAAGCCAGCACAGAGCUGUUGCCUCGCACACACUAUGGGACAUUCUAUGACGCUGAAGCAUACUUGGUUUACUCGGCGUCUCUUCUCUGCCAUCCGGCUGGGCCGGACGUCAUACGUCGAGAGAUUAAAGAGAGUAAUGGAGAUUAUGCGGAACGCCACAUACACGCCUGGGCUGGAGAGCGCUGCGGAAAUCUUGCCGCACUCGCCCUUCGCCGUGGAACACAGCUCGCUACGUAUCUUGGCAUGCCUGUAGUCAUUCAUCGGGAGGCGUCUACCAAGGAAACUCCUCGGCUCCUUUCCUACUUUCGAGACGGUAUAAGGAUCCUUCGUAGCGGAUCGAACUUGAAUGGUGCAGCACGUUUAUACCGUGUUCGUGGUCGUCGACCGCUUCUCGUCCAAUUGGAACCGGUAUCAUGGUCUCAGUUGGCUGCAGACGGUGUAUUCGUUUUAGACACCUCUUCCCUGCUCGUUCUGUGGCUGGGGCGAGCUGCCAAUCUUGUCGAGAAAAUAUUCGGUGCCAAGAUCGCUUACCGUAUGGCCCGAGGAGCUGAUAAAAGUACGUCAGUUCGGCGUAUUGCCAUCGCUCAUGACGGGUACGAGCAAACUUUACCAUCAAACGAUCGCGCCCUACUUGACAGCCUGCUAGAAUUGCGAGCACGCUCAGUCCGCCCAGCUUCCCCUCCCCCCGAUCCUCCUCGUACCGCUCGUCUGUACAAGGCGACACAACCUCACAGAGUUACACCUGUCACUGUACCUUCCCAAAGACCAGCAGCGAGGCUCGAAGAAGUCAAACGAGCACCGUUGUUCAGAGAAGACCUCACUGAUGAUGGUGUAUAUAUAGUGGAUAGUGGAAGCCGAGGAGUCUGGGCAUGGAUAGGACCACAAGCGACAGGUCCUGGUAAGCGUGGUGCUUUGGCAGCUGCCCGCGGCCUUGCUCGUGCUAAGCGCCACACCGGCGCAGUAUGUGUGACCACAGCUGGACGAGAACCAUUAGAAUUUGCUUCUCUAUUCCAAAAUUGGCGCUGGUGUGACGCUCGACGGGAUAUCAGAGUUCGUGCAGCCCGCUCGGCAACUACAAAGCUGGACGCGGUUAACCUCGCCACUAACGCUUGGCUUGCUGCUGAGGCACAACUACCUGACGAUGGAUCAGGUUCUCUACGUGUGUGGCGCGUCCGAAGAUGCGGUGUAGAUGAAGACGCGGAGAAAGAGGCAGACGGUGCACUGGCAGAGGUCGAGCGACCACAAGCAGCUGCCUUUUACGAUAGAGACUGUUACAUUGUACUGUACACAUACCAUUCUCCUAACGGAGACCAAACGAUGAUUUACUACUGGAUGGGUGGCUCUGCGCCAAAUGAUCUGAGGAAUUUGGGUGCAAAAGAAGCCAAAGACCUCUAUAUAAAGCUAGGCCGUCUUCCUGUCCAGGCCUGGGUGUACCAAGGAAAAGAGCCAGCGCAUUUUCUACAAAUAUUCAAAGGUCGAAUGAUUACAUACGUCGGUAGUGCAACCGAUUAUGACCCGAGCGGUCGUCGAGUGAUUCCGCCUAGCCGUGUGCUGAUCCUAGUGUCAGGUCAGUACGCGCGUGAGGCCCGCGGUACUGAGGUGCGGGGGGCGGGGCGGGGCGCGGGGCGGGGCGCGUGCUGCGUGCUGCGGGACGGAGCGCGCGUGUGGGUCUGGUGCGCCGCCUCCGCCACCGGAGACGAACGAGAGGUCGCUAAGAACAUGGCCGCCGUUGAACAUACCCUCGUCAUGCAGGGUAAAGAAAAGUCCGACUUUUGGGCAGCCUUGGGAGAUCGGCGUCAUUUGUUAGUUCCGUCUGCAGUGAAAGAAAUAGAGCGCCCCCUCCCGCCCCGCCUAUUUUACGUCUCCAUAGGAGCACCAGGACAGUAUUCGUUUGAAGAGAUAGUCUCGUUCAGCCAGUACGACUUGAUGCCGGAAAUGGUGGGCAUCGUUGACGGGCACUGCGCGUUGUUCGUCUGGCUUGGAGCUCAUUGUUGCCCGCGGGCAAAAGACGACGCUAGAUCGAUAGCCCUUGCUUAUCUUGCACAUGAUCCUGCCGCGCGAGAUAUGGAAACGCCUAUAAUCACAGUGAACCAAGGUCGCGAACCCCCACACUUUACGGGUUUCUUCCCACACUGGAAACAGUCCAUGUGGAAAGGUCAUAAAACGUUCAGCGCUAUAGUCAGCGCGUUGGAAGGCAAAGCCAUCGUCCAGCGCGGUAACAUCUCUAUACCUAAUGGUAACAGCACGAAUCGGUUCGAUCAGUAUGAGAAGUACCCAUUGGGACUGCUGCGAGGACCCAAAGAACAUCAACCCCCCGACGUUGACCCACUUAUGAAGGAGUUGUACCUAACUCACGAUGACUUCGUAGCAACAUUUGGCAUGCCCUACAGCGAAUUCCGAACACUGCCUGGAUGGAAGCAGAAGGAUCUAAAGAAAGCUGUUGGCUUAUUUUAAAUAUCCCAACUAAUUCAAUUUUAAAUAUCGUUUCUGACUAUAAUCUAGUUCCAAGUUAGAAAUGCUUCAUUUCGCUUGUAAUGUAUCUUCGCGCCCUUCUGCUAAAGGUUAGAAGGGUGAAUUUAGAAGAAUACUAAUAAGAAGUCAUUUUUAUUUAUUUAAAUCUAAGUUAUAAUCUCGCAUUCAUUUUAGAUUUUCCUUACAAUGAACGCGAUGUAAACGCGAGAUUGCUUUAGUUUUUCUUUAAUAAUAUCUACGUCUCGUGAACCACAGCAAACCUCCAAUUUUCCAAACACUUUUCAUUAAAUAUUUUAUCAUUUUUUAAUUUUGCGGUAGGCAGCGGCUUGGCUUUGCCCUUGGCAUUGCUGAAGUCCAUGGGCGACGGUAACCACUCACCAUCAGGUGGGCUCGUCUACUUACAAGGGCGAUAAUUUUUUUUUUUUAAAAGAUUCCUAUCCCAUACAACACACAGUUUACAAAUUAUUAGGCACUAUAACCACCGCUUGCUAUUAGGACGUGACGCUGUGGGAUCUAAUUUAUUCCAAUAUUACCUUUUAUCUUUCAGGGGUUGUUUAACAUAUUGUUUAUAAGAUCAUCCAAUAAUCAUAUUAUCAUUAAAUAAAUAUUAUUAAAGGCAUUACAGAAAAUUUAAUAUAAUUAUCUAAUUUUAUUGUAUGUUAUACAUACUCGUUUUAGUAAUUUUAACAAAAUCAAAUUACAAUCUUUUUUUUAAUAUUUUUAAUUACUGAUUGCAAACUUCAUUGUAAUGAACAGCACGUUAUAGAAUGUACAAUUUCUUCAACACAUUUUAAUUUAUUCGAAUAUUACUGUAACGACAACAAAUGUAUUGUUUAAAUAUUUAUUUUUCCUAAUACUACCUACGCAUUGAGAAUGUAAACAUUAUAAUAU